CACACAGACAGACAGCCAUGGCGACCAAGGCAGCGGUGCGCAAGCCUCUGAUGAGCUUCCUGCGGCUGCGCGCGCCCAUCCAGGAGCAGCUCCUCAUCGAGGAGGCGCUGUUCCGCGCCGAGUCGCAGCGCAACUGGUUCAUCUACAACGACGCGCACCCGUCGCCCACCAUCGUCAUGGGCAUCUCGGGCAAGCCGGAGCAGCUGCUGCACCAGGAUGCGGUCAAGCGCGACGGCAUCCCCGUGCUCAAGCGCUUCAGCGGCGGCGGCACCGUCAUCGUGGACCACAACACGGUCUUCACCACCUUCAUCUGCAGGCAGGAGGACUUCCCGCACGUGCGGCCGUACCCGCGCGAGAUCAUGGCCUGGUCCGAAGGCUUCUUCUCGCCCUUCUUCUCGCGCGUCUGCCACGAGCACCUGAAGUUCUCGCUGCGGGAGGACGACUACGUGUUCGACGACCGCAAGUUCGGCGGCAACGCGCAGAGUCUGUCCAAGGGCCGCUGGCUGCACCACACGUCGUUCCUCUGGGACUUCGACCCGAAGAACAUGGAGUACCUGACCAACCCGGCGCGCCAGCCCAAGUACCGCCAGCAGCGUAGCCAUCUGGAGUUCCUGUGCCCGCUGAAGGACGUGCUGAGGCAGGAGUGUUCCAACCGCGAGAGGUUCGAGAGCGAGCUGCACGCGGAGCUGGCGCACAACUUCGAGAUCGAGGACGUGGACCUGGAAGACGUCAAGCCGAUCCUGGAGACGGAGCACCGCAAGUCUACGCGGUUCCUGGAGCUAUAG